AUCGGAAGGGCGGGAGAUCUGGAGAUCCUUCCAUAACACGUAUUUCACUAUAUUUACCGUGUUACAAAUGGUUUUAUACAUUCAAUAAAAAAUCAGAUGAAAGGCUGCAUGCAAGAGAAAUGUUUUCGUUUAAAAAUUGCGUGACAAUCUAUACUUGGACAUGAUCAAUGGCGUAUUCAGAACGCCCCAUCACAUGACUCGAGCACUUCUGGUGAUGCGUAUCAUAGAACAUGAAAAUUUAAUUACUUUUCUUUGUUUUUAUCCGGUAGACAGAGAAAUAUUGUUGGAAUUAUAAUUAAGGUUGUUUCGAUUCUUGCUAAUUAUGCCAACUUACACUUCUGCCCAACCAGAGCUGUUCACAAAUCCUCCGGAAAAGUCGAGCUCCGCGCAAAAGAAGGGACAACUCACUGAUGAGCAAGUUCAGCAGUAUUUCAGCGAGGUAGUAUUUAGAUACUCCAUGUUUUUCCAAGACUUCAGCUGUGUUGAUUUUAUCUUUUAAGCGUCUUGUUUGGGUUAAAAAAAUAUCCUACUUUCGGGGUUUCUUCCCGCUGUAGAGUAUCAUGAAUGGGACUUAUCAUUAUCUCUCGUUUCAUUUCCCAUCACUCCAAAUUGAGAGGGAGACACCCUUAGGUUAAACAAGAAGUGCGAUAUUUGUCUCAAUUAUGGUAUGUCGAAUUUCUCUCAAAAUUAUUUCAUUUAGAUUAUCAAAUCUGAUGAAAAAACCCAAAAUUUGGCCAUAACCCUACCCAUCUAUUUCCACUGCUUUUUUUCCUCUGAUCAGAUUGGCCCAACAUGUAGGUAUAAUCAUAUGUCACUAUAAUCAUAUGUCACUAUGUUAAUUGAUAAUGAAUUUUUUAUUUUGUGUAUCAGGGAUUCCUUUUGGUUCCAGAAUUCUUUGAAAAGAGCGAAUUAGAACCAAUCAUCUCAGCUAUAUGUGAAUUAGUUGAUGGCCUGGCAGAAAAACUCUACAGUGCAGGAAAAAUAAAGGGUAAAAUUGCUGCUUUUACUGUAUAGAGUGGCUGACAAAGUUAUUUGGGAGAAAACUACAAUAUCAUAAGAAGAGAGAGGAAGGAGGAAGGUGAGGGGGGGGAGGAGAAGGAAGUAGAGAAGAACCAAGGGUGCUUUAAGAAAUCAGAAAAUGGGAUGCAUGUAUGUAUGUGCAUAUAUGAAUAUUCAUUAAGUUGCCAUUUUCUAACUUCUGAACAUCUCAUUUCUUUUAUUGAAAAAAAAAACUUCUUUUCAUUGGUUUGUUAUUUUUGACCUUAUAUGUAGGCUUAUAAAUUUACUGCUAAGAUCUAAAUAUGAAUUCUCAACACUGUAUCUGUCAAAGCAUAUUUCUGAGGAUUUUUAACCAAUGAAUGUAGUGUUUAAUAAACCCUUUAACUCCCAGAAGUGAUAAACAUGUAACUUCUCCUUAUAGCAUUUGUACAUUAAGUAGCAAACAGAUAAUGAGAAUACUCAAACUUAUCCAUCAAGAUAUUAUCUUGAUUGAACACCAAAUUCUUGUUACCAAUUUACAAGGAAUGUGUAGCAGCUACAGGGGAGAAUUAAUUAUCAGAUCUUGGGAGUUAAAGGGUUAACUGAUAAACCUUCAUUGCCUUUUAUUUUUCUUGACCUCAAGGGUCUUAAUAUCAUUUAAUAGCUAAUGAAUUUUAUUUUCCUUGAAAUUCAGAUAAGUACGAGAAUGCCACAUUUUUUGAUAGACUGAUAUUAAUUGAGAAGGAGUUCCCAGGGGCAGCAGUUCUGCUACAUAAGAAUGGAAUUAUGCCAAAAGUAAGUAAAGAUGUAGGGUUAAAUUAGACAUUAUCAACUGAGAUGAUAACAUAAAUUGACUGUAGUAAAAAGUUUCUAAACUGAUGUUUUAAGCAAUGGCCCUUAGUCAUAGCGUUAGCCCGUAGUCAGGGUGAUUGAUGAAGGGCUAACGCUCGAAACAUCAGCUUUGAAACUCUUUAUGGUGGCCAAUUUACAUCAUCAACUCAGUUCAUAAUACUUAAUUACCCUAAUAUACUCUCCCACCGACAUAGCACCACAAUUUCUUAAGAAACUAUUAUCCCUUUUAUUGGGAAAUAUAUAUAAACAUAUAUAUAUAUAUGUAAAUGAAUUUGGGGGUAGAGUCUACCUUGGCAUAAAGUGCUCAAUGCUGUGGUAGCAGAGCUUAGUAUACAUAAGUUACAGAAAAGUUCUGUCUGACGAGCGCUUAGGCGCAAAACUCAGAGUUACAAGGAAUCGAUGUGUCCUCUUUAAUACUUUAACUUAUGUAUGUAUAAAUAUAUAUAUAUAUACCCAAAACGAAUAAAAUGAUCUUUACUAGAAACAUCAUUUCGGUGAUUGAUGAGUUGAAUGAAAUGUUCAUACUUUAGGCUUUUCAAGACUUAUGGAUGAAUGAAAGACUGCUGAAUGUCAUAGAACAGUUUAUUGGACCAGAAAUUGGUGGUCACCCUGUUUGGAACUUGAGGACAAAGGUACAGCCAAUGGAAAGUCAUAGCUUGUGGCUUUUUUCCAUCUUGUAUAAUUAUUUAUUUGACAUUCUUCCACUUAAUGUGUAAAUAGUGUGUGCUAUGAUCAUUGGUGCACUGCAUGUCCUACCACUGCGAAGUUGGUGAGAAAUUCUGGCAUCAUUAUUUUUCUCUAAGGAGCCUGUAGCUUAUCAUAGGCAUGUGUUUUUCAGACUCCUAAAAACUCCCAAGUAACAGUUCCAUGGCAUCAAGGUGAGGAGAUGUCUGCAGGUUAAAGAGUAACCCCUAUUUUCAUUGACAACUGCAUUAAAAACCUGUAAUUGUUAUGUUUCUUGAGAUAAUUAUUUCUUUUCUGGGAGAUCAUCAUCCCAAAUUUCAGUUUCAGAGGUUUGCUAUGAUUUCUUAUUCAAUGUGGUAAGUUAUCAGCUUCAGGUUGCUAAUUUUCAAAAUGUCUGCAGAUUCUGCUUACCUGACAUCAGCAGCCUGUGAAGUUCUUCAACCCACAGCAUGGAUUCCAAUGUUAGAUACCAACAGGACAAAUGGUUGUAUGCAGGUAUCAUGGGUAUUAAAUUAGCUAUGUUAAUGUAACUAUGGUUUUCGAAGGCUGCAUAAUACUGUCCACUGAAUAAAUCUCUAUAAUAAGUGCAGUGAAACAUAUCUGCCAGAUAUAAGUGUUUUAUCUUCCCUCUUCAAACAACUGGGUCCUUUUAAUCAUGUGGUGUUACUUUUUGAGGGGCAGAGUGGUCCUGAAAAAGGCUGUUGUUGGGAUGUGUAACAACAUUUUAACUAUCCUAGGAGCAGUCAUCACUUGACUCUGAAAAGCACUUCUGUUUAGGUUACUUGGCUCCCUACACACUGUUAUUAACUAUAAUCCUUAUACUCCCAAGAUCUGAUUCUUCAUUCUCAUCUCUAGUUGCAACACAUUUCCUUGUAAUUUUGUUAUGAGAAUUUGGUGUGAGAUCAAGAUAACAACUUCUACCUGAUAAGUUUGAAUAUUUUCAUUACCCAUUUGCUGGAUAGUCUAUAUAUAUAUAUAUAUAUAUACUAUAGGGAGAAGUUACAUGUUAAUCACUUCUAAGAGUUAAAGGUGGGGUUAAUGAUAUAUAAUAUAACAUUCCUGUGACAAAACAUGGUAAUUAAUUGUAAUGUGAUGGAGGGGAGACAAACUCGGUGGGUCUGUUUUUGUAUUAGAGCGAUUGACGAAACUAGAAGACCACAGUGUGGGAGUCGUUUUAUUGUUAAUCACGGUUACUCAUAAAACCUUAUACUGAUAUUUGUCCUUUUUAUCACAGCAGUUAACCACUAUGAUAAUAACAAAGUAAUAAACACCAGUAUUACAUUUUGUCCAAGGUAGCACGUGGAGGUCAUAGAAAAGGUAUCUUAGCAACGCACACAUGUUGUGCAGGAGGUACAUGGUACGUGGACCUUGCAGAAGAAGAAAUGAGAAAUACUCUAGGUAAAGGUGGAACUGUGUUGCUGGGUAAUGAAAAAAGUAAAAGAGGGACUGGACAUGAGAGAGACCGAUUCUAUCCUUGUCUUCCAUUCUCAAAGCUGACAGCAUCAACCCCCCCCUCCCACCCCCUUACUCAUAUCUUUUGAAAGUUCAAUAUUCUGACACAGCUUUGUUAGAAGUGAGGACUUGAGGACCACUAACUAUACCUAUAUCAAAAGGCUCUUUAGGGGGUUUUUAAGCUUAUUUCUCUCCUCUUGUGUUCUGUAGAUGUGGACUUUGAAAAAGACAUCGUUCUUUGUGAAGUUCCAUUUGGUGGUGUUUUGUUUAUCAACAAUCUAGUUCCUCACAGGAGGUUCGUGCUUCUUUUUCCUUCUUUUUCCCUUCACUUGUAGACUUACUAUAAAUUUUCCGACACGCUGUUACCAAAAUUUAAGGGAGCUAGGUGUAAAGGUAAUAUUGAUUUUCUCUGAUCUCUGUUCCGCGCGGCACGUAAACAUAAUUUUUUUUUCACAAUUUUUUUGUUACUUGCGUGAUAGACCUUGCUAAAACAAGGACUACUCGUAGACUAAGGAAAUCCAGCAGAAGUUAAUUUUGGUUCUCGUUGGCGUGAGAUUCGAGUUAGCAUGGAUUCGAGCUAUCUGAGUCGAUUUUACCCAAGAACCUCUACUUCUUUUGCAUGAAAUGUGAUCGAUCGAUCCGGAUUGUUUCCCAUCGACACAUUUUCCCUUUCUUGCUGACAAUAUUGUCAGUAACGUAUUGUUUCCUCCAAGAAAUUUGUGAUUUUAAAUAUCGCAUCAGUUUUGACUGGUAUCUGUUUCUUUUUUCCCAUACAUUUUACAGUAACGUUAUUUUUUGCUAUUUCAGUUUAGAAAACAUCUCAGACAAAAUUCGUUGGAGUUUGGACCUCAGAUGGCAAAGACCUGACAAGCCGAAUGGCUUUUAUGGACUCAAGGUAUAUUGGCAAUGUCAAGAUGGAGACCUUGUAGCUCACGUUGUAAAGAAAAAAUACAGAGCGAUAGACGAGGCCAUAAAACUUCGAAGAUUUAUACAAAUGACAACAUUGUCGUAGAGUUUUAGCCAAGCCUGCUAACAGUUGCUUUAAAAGGCAGUCUCAGCCAAUCACUACAGGGGAAUUAUAACAUUUCUUACAGAGGCCUUAGUAGGGGUUAUCGGGAUACGGGUUAUUUGGAUUAAAAACUAAAGGGAUACGGGAUACUUGAGGAAAAAAAUUAAAAUGGGAUACGAGAUAUUUAAGAUAGAGAUUCAGAGAUGUCGAACUGAUAUCAUAGGGAUACAACCCACAGGAAUUAACAGAAUACGGGAUAUUUAGGGUAAAAUGUAUAGGAUACGGAACACUCAUGCAGGCGCCUCUCCUAUAAAUGUCGCCUCACUUUAGAACCUCAUCAGUACACUUUUGUUUUAGAAAUUAUCUUCUCUUGAACUCAGUAUGUUCCUUAUGUUAUUGUUGUUGUUGGUUUUUUUUUUUUUUUACAACCAACUCUUCCAAUCAUUCUUCUUGUCUCUGGUCUAGUACUGUACGCUGACUUUUGCUUUCAAAUGUAAUAUCAAUCUCUUGCUUGUAGGAAAACAUACUUCUGCGUACCUCAAAGGACCCAAACUACACGGUGGACUGGACCGAGUUUGCGUCUUGUGACAGGACUGAGUUACAACGAGGUCAUCAGGACGUGAAAACGAAAUUUGAAAAGGUAUAGCGAUCACAUUAACAACCAAAAAAAGUGGGUGUAUGUUUUUUUUUACUUUGUAAAACACCGAGGUAGUAGGGCGUGGAGCCUGUCAGAGUGCUACAAGCGUGAAUAUUCCUUUCUUUUCCUCCCUCGAGGGCAUAGGGAAUGACAUCGGUUGAAUCAUUUCAACAUUUCAUAGGACGUGAUAUCACUUCCUCUCUCGUUCAAGCUCUCUCUAGUUAAUUUAGUAAUGGCGAACGGAUUUCGUAGGGAGAAUUCGUAAUUCAAAAUAAAAGCAAAGAUUGCCAUCGUUAUCUCACCAUGUUGCCUUUCUUUCGUCACAUUUCAUCGAUUUUUUAAAUAUUUUUCAAUAUUUUUAUUUCUCGAUCGAUGUAGUGAUCCAUAGCCUUUUAUCGUUAUUUUUUAUUUCUUAUUUUGCAGGAAGAAAUCAAAUUGAAACCCGAGGAAGAUCCUGAAUUUGACACAACUAUUAUUGGUCCCUGGAUGGGCCAGUGGGAGAUAGUGCAUCAUAACAAACACACUAUUAAAUACAAGGACCCGGGAGACAACGAAGAAUCAUGGUCCAACUAUCAGUCAACAUGGACCAAAGCAUAAGUUAAUACCAUCAAUGGAUGGAUCACAGUUAUAACAUAAUUGAUUUAGCAACUUCCCAUCAAAGUCCCCAAAUCAAGAUUUGAUCAUAUAAUGAAGCAAUAUUCCAGAUCAAUUUCAAAUAGAGAUGAAUUUUGAGGCGAAACGAAAUUCCCAUUAUUUGAAAAACGGUCGAUGUUAAGAAAAUCACAACAAGAAAUUACUGUUACGUAGAUGAUAAAAUUGUCUUUUCAGAGAAGCAGUUCGAUGGAAGAAUGAAAGAAAAUGGAGAGCCUUGUCUCCUUUUCAAUGUCAAAUAGAACGAUUUUAGUGAUGAAAUCAAUCUGAAAAGAUACAAAUAAAGUCGAAUACUUUCUAGCUAACCUGUGAAAGAAAUCAGAAAGAAAACUGGCAGGUGUAGG